UCUUCCCUGGAUACCAUGAACCACACCAUCCAAACCUUCUUCACUCCCACCAGCACCAACCGUUCCCCGAACUAUGAGAUGCUGAAAGAGGAACAUGAGGUGGCUGCUCUGGGGGCGCCUCACAACCCUGCACCCCCGAUAUCCACCGUGAUCCACAUCCGAAGCGAGACCUCCGUGCCCGACCACGUCGUCUGGUCCCUGUUCAACACCCUCUUCAUGAACUCCUGCUGCCUGGGCUUCAUAGCGUUCGCCUACUCCGUGAAGUCUAGGGACAGGAAGAUGGUUGGCGACCUGACUGGGGUCCCGCAGGCCUACGCCUCCAUCGCCAAGUGCCUGAACAUCUGGGCCGUGAUUUUGGGUAUCAUCAUGACCAUUCUGCUGAUCAUCAUCCCAAUACUGAUUCUGCAAGCCUAUCAGUAGAUCCAGAGGAAUCAUCCCGGCCAGGGGCUCUGCCCCGUGACCUGUCUCCCACGUACUCCAGCUUCCAUUCCUCGCCCUGCCCCCAGCCGAU